AUGGAUUCUCAGUCAGGAGACGAAGAGUUUGCUGUGGGCUGCAUACUCUCCAUCAAAACCACACUCGGAGAAGAAUUUCAAGCCCAAGUCAUCGCCUUUGACCGCCCCUCCAAUCUCCUCAUCCUUCAUAUCCUUUCAUACAUUCCAAUCUUAUUUUUGAUUACUCGAAGUUGGUCUUUCGUUGCCUGUGGUGGGAGAAUACAAGAGGGAGGGCAAUCCGGGGCUGGUCCGAGGAGGAACAUUAGGCUUCUCAAGGCUAAUCAUGUCAAGGAGUUCACGUUUUUAGGUCAAGGCGAGGACCCACUUGAUGCGAGCAAGUGUUUUCUUGACCUAACCAGUCUCCAAUCCAAGGAAGAGUCCGCAAUUAGACAAGCUGAGGCCGAUGCCGAGAGGAUUGGAGUGGGUGUUACUGCUGAGGCACAGAGUAUUUUCGAUGCUUUAUCUAAGACGCUUCCGGUUAGGUGGGACAAAACUACAAUAGUGGUGAUGAAUGAAGUCCGUGUUGGGAGUCCUUAUCAACCCGACUCAGUUGUUGGUGGAACUCCUGCUGCCAAUGAACGGGUCCGGAAAGUGCUCGAGUUUGAGAAGAAGAGGCUGCAAUCUCGGAAUUUUGGUUAA